UAAUGAUCUUGUCUAGCUUGAACAUGAUUGUUUCCAAUGAAAGAUAAGUGUGGUUUAGAAGAUAAAAAAAUAUAAAAAAAAACCUCAUGUCUUCUUCUCAGUGAAUUUCUACUCCAUGUGAUUGACCAAGACUUGGAACCAGCGACAUGCUUGAAAAUUCAUGUUGCAUAGCAUGCACGGCAUCUGUAUCUUGUAUGAUAUGCUCAAUUAUCAAACCCACUAGGGUCAAUCAGCUAGCUUCUCUGGUUCUGAACACAAACCUUGCUUGCUAGAGAAAGAACACAUUACACAGUGCCCAUGCUCAUAAUAAAGAUUCGGAGUUGGCUACUAGAGCCAAAGGUAUGGAGUUUUGUGUGCUUUGUUUCAUCUGUUGUUGGGUUGCUCUGUUACGCUCUCAGCACCUCUUUCAACCAUUUAUUUGGAAAGUGGACUUGGUGGAAGACAUUACUUUAUAUUGUCUUUAGUUUCAUCGUGUGUCUUGCGGUCUUAUUCGCAAAGGCAUGGGAGCGCUCCACCUCUACCUGGCUGGAAGCUCAUAUGGCCUUUUUGAUUUUGUUCUUCACUUCUGUAUACUCCUUUUUCUUUGAUAAAGAAGUGAAAGGAAAACCUGAUGCUUAUAGCCUAUUUUCCUGUGCUGCAUUUGCUAUCAUGUCUCUGAGUAUGUCAAGACUGAGUCACUUUGGAUUUGAGGUUGAUCUCCUAUAUUUUUUCAGCGGAGUUCUUACGAUACAACUCAUGAAAAUAAAAAUAUGGUUAGUCGUCGUUGGUGGGAGUUUCAGUUAUUCUCUCAUCCUUCUUCGUUCUACUUUGGGUGCUUCACCGACGAGAAUCGAGUAUCGUGGACUACAACUCAGAGAUGAUCUAGUCAUUGAAAUUGAUUCACAAGGAACCAGUCACAGUACAUCUCAGUUGCAUCCUGAUGUUAUGAUUAUCACGCAACAAGACGCUCAUGUCCCUCUUGAAUUCCCAGUCAAUUCACUUUCACAACAAGGCAACAGUUUCAGUGAUAACAACAUCAUGGAACGGUUCAUGGGUUGUAUAGAGGCGCUUAAGAAGGAGAACGAGAACCUUAUGGACACAAUUUCAAAACAUGUCAGCAAAUACCUUAAGGCUAAUGUUGUCAACGAGGACCAAAUUCAUGUGUGUGAAAUUGAUGCCGAUGAUAACUUGGUGGUGGAUGCGUUGUUGUCGUCGGGAAUAAUCAUCAACGACCUCCGUGAAACCGUUAGGCUGAUGGUGGCAGCAGGGUUGAAGGUGGAAUGCUGCAGAGCGUACCGUAGCUGUCGCAGGAAAUUCCUGAGAAAGAGUGUUUCGAAUUUUUGGUUGCGAAUGCAAGAUCUCAACGUGGAGGAGGACAUUGACAAGCUGAUGAUAGAGAUUCAGUGUUGGAUAAAAGUUCUGAAUGUAGCUGUCAUGAUACUCUUUCCCAAUGAAAGGACACUAUGCGAUCGCGUCUUUGAAGGGUCUAUUUCCUCUGUGGAGAAGUACCAUGUGUCACUCGGAAAUGAUGCUCUCUGGGGUGACAAGAGUUUGAACAUUUUAAUGAACUUGGUAUAUUUUUCUUAUGCUGAUAAGGAGCAAGCCACUGUUACUCCUGUAGGUGGAGGGGUUCAUCAGAUUACCCAUUGUGUGUUGGACUAUAUGAACAGGAUAGAUUGGCAAAAGCCUUUAUCUCUGUUUGUGGAAGUAGACAGGAUAAUAAUAAUGAAGCUAUUAGAGACUUGUUUGGAAGCCAUCUCCAAAAUUUACAAUAACCCUACUUUGGGUUAUAUUUUCAUCAUGAACAAUUGGAGGCAAAUACAACUAGCAGCAACACAACCCCAAUUGAAUCCUAUUUUUGGCGACUAUGGGUUCAAAAAAAGCACAACAAAAGUUCAGCAAAACCUUGAACUCUAUCAGAGAAGCUCGUGGAAUAAGAUUGUGGACAUUUUGAAGGUGGACAUUGAUGAAGUAGAACCUAAUGUUGCGGCCGAGGUAAUGAAAGACAAGCUCCAUUCCUUCAAUGAACACUUAGAUGAGAUAUGCAACGUUCAGUCUGCUUGGUUUGUUUUUGAUGAACAAUUAAGGGAACAACUAAUAAAAUCCAUAGAAAACAUGGUGUUGCCAGCAUAUGGAAACUUCCUCGGGAGGCUUCAGGAUUUUCUUGGUAAGCACGCUUAUGAGUACAUUAAGUAUGGAAUGUUUGAUGUUCAAUAUCGACUCAACAAUAAUUUGUUUCUUGUAUGGGAGAAAGAACUAGAGUGAAAAAGGAUACUCUAGCUUUUGUAGAUUCAGAACACAAAAAUUUAUCUAUCUCACAUGUAGUUUCAAAUAUAUAUAUAUAUAUAGAUCAAUAUAUAUAUAUAUAUAUAGAUAGAUUAUAUAUAUAGAUAUAUACUGUAUGUUUCAAACAGAAUCAGAAAUGCAUGUGUUUCCUUUCUAUUUUGUUUCCAUGUUGAA